CCUCUUUCUCUUCCUUUGUCCUCCCCUUCUCCUGCGCUCACGUUCGUGCGACAUUGCGAUACGGACAAACACGUUCGCGUCGAACGCGUGAUUCGUGUACCGGCGUCCGUAAACACGCUCACGCUCUUCGCCGUCGCAUGACGUAUUAUUAUUAUUGCACGUCGUUGCGCGUAUCGAGUUCGUGGACGCAGACGACGGAGAAAAAUUAUCUACAAUAACAACAGUGGCACGCGGACCGAACAGCUGUUUCCUGAUAACAGUCACGUCGCCGGCGGCCGUUUGUUUACUGUUAGGGCUUUUCUCUCCCCCGGGUCAGGAUCCCGGCAUAAGUGGUUUUUUUUUUUUUUUCCCCCAUUAAUUUUUCCACCCCGGUGAUGCGGUAUAUUAUUUGAUCUGCGCGCGCACCACCGACGACCGUGUAAUGUCCGGCUGCGGCGGUAACCCGUGCUCAAGUACGACCGGCGAAACGCCGUUGGAACAACGACAACCUCAACCGACCGAUUCUAGAAAAUCAGCUGACAAAAAUUUUGAUAAUCUCUUACAUGAAUACUUGUGCUUGGAGUUGGGAAAAAGUAAAAAUGAUAUAUUCAACUUUGUGCAUCUAGGCCAAUCAAUGACAAUUGAUAACAUCAAUAACACCACAAAAUUACUUAACACAGUCUUACAUGCUAAAGUAAUAAAUACACAAUUGGAAGCAAAUUUUUCAUUAGCAUGCUUGGGCUUUAAUGAUAGUCAAUUAUUCUCAUCUUCAAAGAUCAAAAACGUAUCGGAGGAAAAAAACAAUGAUGCACUGUUGUCUGUUAGUCAGUUUAUUUUACAAUCAUCAGAACUAGAAGAAUCUAAUUUCAAAGAACAAUUUUUUGUCACAAGAAGUUCAUUUCAAAUCAUAUGUUUUCAUUUGAUGCAAGAAUUUGGAAAGAAUAUGACAUACAAAAGAUCUGAAAUAGAUGUUGAAAAACAAUUGCUAGUUACUUUGUCUUACUUAGGAACUGUUAAGAGUUACAAGGAUAUAGGUUCAAAGUUUAAUAUUGCCAUUAGUACAGCUCACAAGUGUGUAAAUGAUGUCACAAAUGCAUUAUUUAAACGUAUGAGUGAACUUAUUUAUUGGCCGAUAGAUCAACAAGCUAAUAUUGAAAUACAAGCCUUUAAUGAAAUAUCUGGGAAUCGAUUUCCUGGUAUACUUGGUGUUAUUGGUACAGUAGACUUAAAAAAAACCUGUACAGCCAACCCAUCCAAACAAACUAAAAGUGGAUCUUCUAUAGCAAUUCAGUGUGUGUGCAACAGCAAGUAUCAGUUUUAUAAUGUCUUCACCAGUUAUUUGCUCAAAUCUUCUGUUACCACAACAACAUUUUUAGAAAGUCCACUUGCUGAAGUGAUCCUCAAUAAUCCAAAUACACUGUUUCCAAAUAAUGAUACUCAUAUUGUUGGGCCUUGCUGUUAUCCUCUGCUACCCAAUCUAAUGACCCCUUUUUCUGAUGAUGUAUAUAAUACAGAAUCCCAAAAUGUAUAUAAUGAUGCCAUAAAGGUACCAUUGAACAUCAUAAAAUUAACAUUUGGCAAACUCAUUGGACGAUUCAAAAGACUGAUGUGCUUGGACUUAUGGGGACAAGAAAAGUUUGCCAUACUCAUAUUUGCGGCUUGUUGCUUACACAAUAUAUGUUUGGGCAAUAAUGAUGAUGUCAAUUAUCCACCAUACGAGUGCUGUACAUUUAAAUGUGAUUAUUAUGAUGAGUUUAGUGUACGAAAACGUCGCGAAAUAUGCAACAAAUUAAGUUUUGAAACCACUAAAUGAUUAUUUAAAGAACAUGAGUCAUGUUAAGCCUCAACUAUAAAAAGAGUAAAUGUAAUUAAAAAUAACAAUAAAUAUUUAUGUACA